CUCAUCCAGGUAUCUGGCUGACCGACUAAUUCAAAACUGCAAUCAGACAGAAGAGAUUCUACAGCAUUAUUUCAUCUGGGCUCCAUUAGGCUUUUUUCCAAGUGCUUGACUGCAGCUUAGAGAAACCUACGCAUCCCCUAGGAGGCUGAACUGAAACGUAAUCUGUUGCAGAAACUUACAUUCACCUGGCUUAGCAGAGCAGACAGAGUUGCCUGAGGGGUUUUAUGGUACCUGCGUCUUACAUCUGACAAAAGGACAAUCCACCACAGCAGGCCUUUGCUGUCACAGUUCAAAAUGGAAGAGGCCAAGCGAUACAAAGAGCGAAUUGAGGCAAUAGCUGGGAGGAAAAAGCUGCAAGCAGACCUACAGAAACUAAAGCAAGAACUGGAUGAGGAGCGAGUGUCUGUACAUCAGCUGAAGAGGAAGUCCCUGCGAGACAGAUGGCUGAUGGAAGGAACGGCCCCACCCACUGAAGAAGAUAUCCUGUCAUCGCCUCUAGGGAAAGCCCAGUCCCGGGUACAACAGCUUGAGGAGAACAUUGCCAGACUCCAGGCAGUGAUGAACAACUUUGAAAACCAGGAAGAAGAAGUCCAGAAUCUGGAUCCAAGAAAGCAUAGCAAAGAAACUGCCAUAAAUGCUGAGUUUUCCACUCGUGAUGUUACUCUGAAGGUUGUUGAUGGAAAACUGAAUGAGGAUCAAGGUGAAGACCAUGGAAGAGACAUGAAAAUGUCAGAAGUAUGCACCAUUUCAACAGGAGGUACACAGGAGAAUGGGGAAAUACCCAGAAAAGUUCUACAUGCCAUGGAAAUCAGUAUUGAAAAAGACACGAAGACCGGAGCCACUCGAGUCCUGUCUGCUGAUGCCAUGACUGCAGCAGAAUUUGAAGGCAAAGAUGUAUCUGAGGUGUACAGAGAUGGUACAAAGGCUAUUUACACUGUAGGAUCCCAGGUAAUAGAACAGGAAAUGCAGCUCACUCCAGAGAUGACAGAGGUCAUUCUGAAUCAGGUCAAACGACCAGAAGGUGAACCCGAGCUACUCAGCAAAGCAAAGAAGCAGGUAGCAGAAAUUGUAAAUGGCUUGGAUGUUGAAGAACCAUCUCUAUGCCAAGAAGGAAAGCAAAUCAGGGAGAGCUAUGAAGCUAAUACACAGGAGGAGCUUUCAGAGAGCAACCAGCUAGCAAACAAUGAGGACAAGCUAGUGCUUCCCAAGGGAACAACAAUUCCUGACAGCUACAUAAAAAACAUUGAAGUGCAGAGGGUUGGAUCAGAGGAAGAAAACAAUGUUCCUGUGACUUUGUUACAAACGGACAGGUCUGAAGUAGAGGUGCAGAAGAACUCAAAUGUGGUGGUGUUACAAACAGACAGGAACCUGAAUGAGAUGGUUCCUUCCUUAAUCCCUGCAGGACAUGUUGCUUCCUUGGACACUGUCACUCUGACCUACAAUGACCACUCUGACACCAAUGCUGCAGGAGCUGAAGACUUGUUUGGCACAGUCCUCAGAGCUGAACGCGUCAUCAUAGCAGAUGAUGGGGAAGAGCUUUCCAUGGAUUUUGAUUCAGAUACUAGAGUCAAUCCCAUAGCAUUAGAUUUAGAAAGUCAACUGGAGAAAGAGAAACAGGAAGGUAUUAACAGUGAGCCCACAAGACCAACACAGGAUGACAUUAAGAAGUUCCCAACCAUCCAUGAUGUGCUUUCUGUAAAUGAACAAAUCCAUGAACAGCAGACAAAAGGCACUGCUGUGGAAAUGCAUGAAGAAUUGGGAACCACUGUACAGAACCUGUUACUCCAACAAGGGGAACCAGUACCAGAAAUGGAUAAGUUAAUGGACAAAGACCAGAAUUCAUCGGUCCUCAAGCAGAACCCUUCUCUACAGGUGAAUAAAUUAUUGUCUGAAGAGCCUACGUUGUUAGCAGUGGAAAGAGAAGAGGUCCCCAUGCAGUUAAAUCCAUUUCUUCAAGAUCAACAUCCACCAUUGCAGGAUAAAAGUUCAACAAUUGAGGAUGAGAAAUCAUUGUUUGAGGAACAGAAAAAGGUAUUCCAUGAACAGAAACUAAUUAUGCAGAAAGAGGAACGUGGAGAGAAUAGUGAACUCCAUGAAGAAAAAUCGGAACUCCAUCAAGAGACAUUAUCACUUCAGAAGCUCACACUAGAAGUAAAGAAGCAGGAGAAUUUCACAGAAGGUCAAAAGAUGUCAUCACAGGGGGAAAAACUGUUACCCGAGGUGCAUAAGGAGGUGGUACAUAACCAAGAACAAAUAGUGGAAGAGCAGAACCCACCGCAGCAGUUGGAAGAAAUGACACAUGAGGAGAACGUAUCAGUAAUACAGGAAUUACAAGCUGUACAGGCCCAUGUAUCACCACUGCAGGGGACACACCUGAUACUCAAGGAGCAUAAGCAAGUGGUAUUUGGCCAGGAAGACAUGGUAGGGGAGCAGAAAUCACCACAGCAGUCAGCAACAAUGGUAGAUAAAGACAAUGAGCCAGUAAUAGCAGAGGAAGAACAAGCUCUGCAAGGCCAUGCAUCAUUGCUUCAGCAAGAGACGCUGCUACCUAAGGAACAUGUACCAAUGCUUAGGGAACAGGAUUUGGACAUUCGAGAUGAGAAGGCAUCCCAUGGGGACACAGUUUUAUUCCAUGAUCAGAAUCUGCUGCUUCAGAAAGAAAACCUGUCAGGUGAUGAGGAAAACCCUAUGUUACAGGAAGAGGAAGCAGUGGUCCAGGAACAGUUACCCCUUCUCCAAGAAAGGCCUGAACCCACAGCUGUUGUUCUGAACGCAAAUGCAGAUGGUGGUGGUAACAAGCCUGAGACCCAGCCUUUACCGGAAGAAAUAAAACCUACAGUGCUGCAUUCAUUUCAGGCUGCAGAACCUCUUUUGCGUGAGACACAUUUAGAACCAAGCACAACCAGCAGGUCUCCUGCCCACAACACUGCUUCCUUAUCAACGGCCGAUGCUGUUUCAAAGCCUGUACAUGCUGCAAUAGAAUCAAGUCAGAAUACAGAGCCAGAAACCCGAAUGGAUGGAAAGCAGCUGGCUCAACCCAAACAGAAAACAUGCCAGUGUUGUUCUGUGAUGUGACAUUCCACAAAACAAUCAGUUGUCACAUGGGAAAACACAACUGCAACAGGGAUUUGGUGAGGACCAGUAAGCAAAGAGCCAUAAAAAUGACUACACUCCAAGUACGUGUUUCUGAGAUUCUGAAAAGGAAACAUAAUAGAAAGGACUGCGACAUUUGUACCCAGGCUGUAAAAGCCAUCAUGUUAAAGGACUGUGACAUUUGUACCCAGGCUGUAAAAGCCGUCAUGUUAAAGGACUGUGACAUUUGUACCCAGGCUGUAAAACCCGCCAUGUUAAUGGACUGCGACAUUUGUACCCAGGCUGUAAAAGCCAUCAUGUUAAAGGACUGUGACAUUUGUACCCAGGCUGUAAAAGCCGUCAUGUUAAAGGACUGCGACAUUUGUACCCAGGCUGUAAAAGCUGUCAUGAUGACAUCUGCUGCAGUACACUCUGACUGGAGUGUACAUUGUAAAUCACAGAGAAACUGACGUCUCAGUUUUCUUUAACAUCAUCUUCUUCACUUUUUGUUGGAUUUUAACUGUAAAUGAAUCUCUAAUUUUAAGAAAAAAAUAACUUUAUAAUAGCAAUUGCAACAUGUCAGGCUCCAUUUGAUUUGGUUAUCAUUAGUUUACUGCAUCAUUUAUAAGGGCCACCAUGUGAAACAGCAAGCCAAUAAAUGUGGAUAAAGUAGCUACUACAAAAUAAAAAGUCAGGUUUUCUGUUUUACUGUAUCAUUUAUAAGGGCCACCAUGUGAAACAGCAAGCAACUAAAUGUGGAUAGAGUUGUUACUACAAAAUAAAAAAGUCAGGUUUUCUGAUUUAUAAAUGUACUUUUCUUUUAACUUUCUGUGAGUCAGGUUUGCGUACCAUCCCUCUGUGUUGCCUUAAUUUCCUAGACAAUGGAAUGCCAUGGGUCCAGUUUACAGUCAGUGAUUUUACAGACUUCUACUGAAUGAAAACAUCUGUCAUAACCGUGUCCGAUUGUGUCUAAUCUGAGUUUGUCAUUUCAUCAGUUCCAGUCUCUUGUCAAAAGGGAACAGUUUCAGUACAAAUGAAAAAAUAUAUAAGUAAAUAAAAAUAUUCAAGAUACUGAUUGAAUGUUAUUGCACUAACUUUAUGGAAGUUAGUGAAAAAUGACUGGAAAGUGUCCACUGGUCAAAUAACUAGAAAUGGCUGCUUAUAAGUGAAGCAAAAGGGCCAUCUAGGUUAAAAUAUUAAAAUUCUCCGAAAUCUUAAAAGGGAAAGUUUUACCCCUUUCCAAGGGAAACUGUAGUGUUGAUUAUAUUAUUAAAUGGAGUUGAGGGUGCAAAGCUUUCUGCACAUUGAGUUUGUGAAAUGCAUUGAGUUUUGAUUUUAUAAGUGUAUUCAAAUUUUCCCCUAUCUGAAUUUCCUGCUCUAGACUACUGUAACCAUAAGCAGACAGUAAUGCAUUGUUAGACGGUCUUAAUCUGUCACUGCCAGAAUAAUAUAGUAUGAGUUUAAUGGAGUUAUGUAUGAGAACACUGAAUGUACAACCCCCUUGUUCUUUUCUCCCAGUGAUACCACUGUCAUUGAAGUCAUGUACAUCCAGGCAACUAAUGUUAACUAGAAACACUGCCUUUCCUGGGCUAGGGCUCUGUAAACUGGAAAUGAGCAGUUGUUAUAGUCAGUAAUAGGGCACUGCACUUGUUUCUACAUGGAAACUACACAUUCAGAACCAAUUGCAUUGCAGUCCCUCCCCACACCAAGAUUUGUGCUCAGUGUUGUUACUGAAUGGCUGCUUUGUAACUGAUGGUGAUGUGCUCCAUGCAGGGACAAAUGUUUUGGAGGCAGCAUAGUAUGUUGGCGAAGGUGUUGGACUUCAAACCUAGAAAUCAUCUUCCUGCAUGACUACUACAGUUAGUGACCCCAAGGAAGUAUUUCACUUGUGAUCCAAAGACAUCCCAGAAAAAGGACCAUUCAUUUUGGUUGACGUAAACAGUCAACCAAACAAAAUAAGUGAACAAAUAAAACAGAAUGCCAGUCCCACUAUGGCAUCCAUGGUUGUCAUUUACACUAUUACAGUAGUGAGUGGUAGCACCAUGCUGCUGUCUUGCAGUAAUACAUGCAGUCAAGAAGAUAUGCUACAUUUGUGUGCUAAUUAAUACAACCAGGAAUACAUGCUGUACUCUUGCAGUAAUCUGUGCCAGCAGAGGUGCAUGCUGCAUUACUAUAGUAAUGCACGCAGGCAGGGAGACAUGCUGCACUCUUGCAUUAAUCUGUGUCAGCAGAAGGACAUGCUGCAUUUCUUAAGUAACCUAUACAGGCAGAGAGACAUGCUGCAUUCCUGCAGUAAUACAUGCAGGUACAGAGACUGCUGUACUCUUGCAGUAAAAAUGGGGAGGCAUACCAUACUCUUGCAGUAAUGCAUGCGGUCAUGUUAGCAUGUUGGACUUCUGCAGUUAUCCAUACUGUCAAGUGGUGAUGCUACAUUUCUGCAGUAAUUCAUGCAACCAUUGGGAUUUGUUGUACUUGUGUAUUAAUUCAAGCAGGUGAGGGACUUUGCUGCAUUCUUGCAAUAGUAUCUUCAGCUACCUUAUAUACUGCAUUCCUGCAGUAAUUCAUGGGGCAGAGAGAUAUUCUAUACUUCUGCAAUAAUUCAUGUAGAAUGCAGGUAGGGGUACAUCUAGUCAAGCACAGGAGAUGCAAUGUAGUGCUGCAGUAAUCUGUGUAGGUAGGGGGAACCAUGCUGUAUUCUUGGAGUAACCAUGCAAGCAGGGAGACAUACUUCACUCUUGCUGUAGUCCUUCUAUACUGGAGUAAAUACUACAAUCCUAUGGCAGUCUAUCCAUCAGGUGGACAUGUUGCACUUCACAGGAAUAUAUUCAGACUGUGGGUGAUGCUUCUGUCCUGCACUAAUCCAUGUAUCCAUGGUAACUUGCUGUGUUCCUGCAGUAAUCUAUGCCAUCAAGAGAUGAUGCUGUACUGUUUCAGUAAUACAAUCAGUCAUGAGGACUUGUUGCACUUUUUGUAGUAAUUCAUGCAGACAAGGGGACGUGCUGCCCUCCUGCAGUAAUUCACACAAUUGAGGAGCUUGCUGAAUUGCUGCAGUAAUAUGUACAGCCACAAAGACGUGCUGCCCUCCUGCAAUAAUUCACACAGUUGAGGAGCAUGCUGAAUUGCUGCAGUAAUAUGUACAGCCACAAAGACAUGCUGCCGUCCUGCAGUAAUUCCCACAUUUGAGGAGCAUGCUGAAUUGCUGCAGUAAUAUGUACAGCCAUGGAGAUUUAAUGUAGUCCUGUAGUAAUUUAUGUAGUCAGGAGACUUUGCUGCAGUCCUUUAGUGAUGCAUGUAAAUAUGGAGAUUUGCUGCAUUUCUACAUCGAUCAGUGCAUGCAGACAUUGUAACAUGCUGCAGCUCUGCAGUUAUCAGUGCUAUUCAGGAAUGAUGCUACAUUGCUUCAGUAUUGUAUGGACCCAUGGAGACUUGCUGCAGACCUUCAAUAAUCUAUACAGACAAGGGGGUUUUCUGCCUUCUUUCAGUAACACAUACAGUCUGGGGAUUUCCAGUACUUUUUAUAGCAAUCAGUGCAGGCAGGGGAACAUGCAGCACUACUGCAGUAAUCAAUGCAGGAAGAGAGACAUGUUUUACUGCUGCAGUAAUCACGCAGUGAGAGAGAUAUGCUAUACUGCUGCACUCCCAUAGUAAUUUGUGUAGGCAAGUGGACUCACUACACUUGUGCAGUAAUCUAUGCAGGCAGAGAGACAUAUUGUACUGCUGCUGUAAUAAUGCAUAAGGAGGAUAUGCUGCAGUCAUGCAGUACGCCAUGCAAACAGAAGACAUGCUGUACUGCUACAGUAAUCCUACAGUCAGGGGAACAUACAAGACACCUACAGUAAUCCAUACAGGCAGGGAAAGACGCUGUACUGCUGCGGUAGUCUUGCAAUCAGAAGGACAUGUUGCACUCCUGCAUUAAUCCAUGCAGUCAGGGAGGCAUGCUGUACUACUGCAGUAAGCAUGCAGUUAGGAAGACAUGCUAAACUCCUACAGUAAUUCAUGUUGGCAAGAAGGCAUGCUGUGCUGCUGCAGGAAGCCAUGCAGUCAGGGGUGUAUGCUGCACACUUAUGCAUGUUGGUGGAGGGAAGAGACUGCUAAUCCUGACUGAUGAAUUCAUAUGCCAUCUUUCAGUGUUCUCUUUUACCUUCCUAUGGGCUACAACACUGAGCUAUUUAUAGGUCUUUAAAUCUGUAUUUGUUACAGUGAAACUUGGAAACACUGGGAGAAAAUCAAGUGUUUCCUUUUCUUAGCUUGAUAUUAAGUGAAAUAGCAUACAUUUCUUGCAGUCUGUGAACUCAUUUCUGUGAAGAAUUGGCUUUGUGUCAUGUGCUGAAGAUAUGUAGAUUUUGUUGAGAAAUGUAAUAAACAAAUUUAACAUAUUGGGCUCUGACUGUAAAUUUACUAGGGGUGGUCCUGACUGUAAGUAUAUUAGAAAAUACACAUUGCGACUUGCAAGGUCAGACAUAUACCAGGUGGAAAUGGAAUAAAUGGGAACAUACAUCCUUAGUAUCACUGUAGUGAGUGAAUGUAGACAAGGUUCUUAUAUGCGACUGAUAUACAUAACAGGAAGAUUAGUACAAAAACAUGAAGUGCUUUCAUAUGUUUCAUAAAACCAUUUGGAGUGGAUUCACUUUUGGUAUGGAUAGCUCCUAAUGCAAACUCUGUAACAGUAAUUUAAAGUAAAUUCCUUACUCUUCGGCUUAACCACUUUCACUGCAAGGACCACCUUUUUUAAUGUAAUAAAUGAGAGUAAAUCUGCAGAAGCAGGAAUUGGUAAAGUUCUUAUUGAACAUUUCCUUAAUAUGCCACUGCUCCUUUGGCAUAUAAUUCAUUUUGGAAGAUACUGUCUGAUUUUUUUAAUGUAACUUGUGAAUAGGCUGUGUUUCUUAUUAAAGGCAGAUAAGUGAAUCAU